GCGCUCAGGGCGACGUGGCGGGCGGGAGUACGGAAGCCGCUGGGAGAAGCUGCUCACCCCGCUACUCUGAGCAUCUCCCUGCUGCGUGGAGCUUCCGCUGGCACCAUGUUGAAGAAAUUCGACAAGAAGGACGAGGAGUCGGGUGGAGGCUCCAACCCCCUCCAGCACCUGGAGAAGAGUGCAGUACUCCAAGAGGCUCGGGUCUUUAAUGAAACUCCUAUCAACCCUCGGAAAUGUGCCCACAUCCUCACCAAGAUCCUUUACCUCAUAAACCAGGGGGAGCACCUGGGGACCACAGAAGCAACCGAGGCUUUCUUUGCCAUGACCAAGCUCUUUCAGUCCAAUGACCCCACACUCCGCCGCAUGUGCUACUUGACCAUCAAGGAGAUGUCUUGCAUUGCAGAGGACGUCAUCAUUGUUACCAGCAGCCUGACGAAAGACAUGACUGGGAAAGAAGAUAAUUACCGUGGUCCUGCUGUGCGAGCCCUCUGCCAGAUCACUGACAGCACCAUGCUGCAGGCUGUGGAGCGCUACAUGAAACAAGCCAUUGUGGACAAGGUGCCCAGUGUCUCCAGCUCUGCCCUGGUGUCUUCCCUGCAUCUGCUGAAAUGCAGCUUUGAUGUGGUCAAGCGCUGGGUGAACGAAGCCCAGGAGGCGGCGUCCAGUGAUAACAUCAUGGUACAGUACCAUGCACUGGGACUUCUGUACCACGUGCGGAAGAACGACCGUCUGGCCGUGAGUAAGAUGAUCAGUAAGUUCACCCGGCACGGCCUGAAGUCCCCCUUUGCCUACUGCAUGAUGAUCCGAGUGGCCAGCAAGCAGCUGGAGGAAGAGGAUGGCAGCCGUGACAGCCCGCUGUUCGACUUCAUCGAGAGCUGCCUGCGUAACAAGCACGAGAUGGUGGUGUACGAAGCUGCCUCGGCCAUCGUCAACCUGCCCGGUUGCAGUGCCAAAGAGCUGGCCCCCGCAGUGUCAGUGCUCCAGCUUUUCUGUAGCUCGCCCAAGGCCGCUCUUCGCUAUGCGGCUGUCCGCACCCUCAAUAAGGUGGCCAUGAAGCACCCAUCGGCGGUGACCGCCUGCAAUCUGGAUCUGGAAAACCUGGUCACAGACUCGAACCGGAGCAUCGCCACAUUGGCCAUCACCACCCUCCUCAAGACGGGCAGUGAGAGCAGCAUUGACCGCCUCAUGAAGCAGAUCUCUUCCUUCAUGUCGGAGAUCUCAGAUGAGUUCAAGGUGGUGGUUGUCCAGGCCAUCAGUGCCCUGUGCCAGAAGUAUCCUCGAAAACAUGCCGUGCUCAUGAACUUCCUGUUCACCAUGCUAAGGGAAGAGGGUGGCUUUGAGUAUAAGCGCGCCAUCGUGGACUGCAUCAUCAGCAUCAUUGAGGAGAACUCAGAGAGCAAGGAGACGGGACUGUCCCACCUGUGCGAGUUCAUUGAGGACUGCGAGUUCACCGUGCUGGCUACCCGGAUCCUGCACUUGUUGGGCCAGGAGGGGCCCAAAACCAACAACCCCUCCAAGUACAUUCGCUUUAUCUAUAACCGCGUGGUCUUAGAGCAUGAAGAAGUUCGGGCAGGUGCAGUGAGUGCGCUGGCCAAGUUCGGAGCCCAGAACGAAGAGAUGUUACCUAGUAUCUUGGUGUUGCUGAAAAGGUGUGUGAUGGAUGAUGACAAUGAGGUGAGAGACAGAGCUACCUUCUAUCUGAACGUCCUGGAGCAGAAGCAGAAGGCCCUCAAUGCAGGUUAUAUACUAAAUGGUCUGACCGUGUCUAUCCCUGGUCUGGAGAGAGCCCUGCAGCAGUAUACACUAGAACCAUCAGAAAAGCCAUUUGACCUCAAGUCUGUGCCUCUGGCCACCACCCCUAUGGCAGAGCAGAGACCAGAAAGUACCGCCACGGCCACCGUCAAACAGCCGGAGAAAGUGGCAGCCACUCGGCAGGAGAUUUUCCAGGAGCAGUUAGCAGCGGUGCCUGAGUUCCAGGGGCUGGGACCCCUCUUCAAGUCCUCACCUGAGCCUGUGGCCCUCACCGAGUCAGAGACUGAGUAUGUCAUCCGCUGCACCAAACACACCUUCUCAGACCACUUGGUGUUCCAGUUUGACUGCACAAACACCCUCAAUGACCAGACCCUGGAGAAUGUCACAGUGCAGAUGGAGCCCACUGAGGCAUAUGAAGUACUCUCCUAUGUGCCUGCCCGGAGCUUGCCCUACAACCAGCCUGGGACCUGCUACACACUAGUGGCUCUGCCCAAGGAAGACCCUACAGCUGUGGCAUGCACAUUCAGCUGUGUGAUGAAGUUCACCGUUAAGGACUGUGACCCCAACACUGGAGAGAUUGAUGAAGAAGGCUAUGAGGAUGAAUAUGUGCUGGAGGAUCUAGAAGUUACUGUGGCCGAUCACAUCCAGAAAGUCAUGAAAGUGAACUUUGAAGCAGCCUGGGAUGAGGUCGGGGAUGAGUUUGAGAAGGAGGAAACAUUCACCCUGUCUACCAUCAAGACACUUGAAGAGGCUGUGGGCAAUAUUGUGAAGUUCUUGGGAAUGCAUCCUUGUGAGAGGUCAGACAAAGUACCAGAAAACAAGAACACUCACACACUGCUGCUCGCUGGUGUGUUCCGGGGCGGUCAUGACAUCCUUGUGCGCUCUCGACUUCUGCUUUUGGACACAGUGACGAUGCAGGUGACAGCCAGAAGCUCCGAGGAGCUGCCGGUAGACAUCAUCUUGGCAUCAGUGGGCUAAAGUCCUGCCUACCUAGGCCUACUCCUGCCUUUUCCAACACUACGUUGAAGUAGCUUCUUCCCCGUGAAGCCAGUGGAAACCCUUCCCCACACCUCUGUAUUCAGAAACAAUCACAAAUCAAGACAGAUUUUUUUUUUUUAAUUCCAUCCUAUCACCCAGGAAUGCUAGGGUAGAUUUUUUUUCAUCCUACCUGCAAGGAGACAUCACAAAUGAAUAAAAUGUUCAGACUUUCUCGCAUAUUUAUCCCCAGAAAAA